UUCGCUCAGUCCGUUUCCUCUCUGUCUCUGCGCGGCGCCGGUGACUCGUGGCUGCGCUCACAGCGGCUUAAACGCACUGAUUUUAACCAGGAAAAACACAAACUCACCACUUCACCAUGUCUUACCAAAACGAGGACGACGAAUAUGAUCCCUACAGUUACCCCAGCGACUAUGAUUUUCACACUGGUGAUCCUAAAGCAGAUCUGGCUUACGAGCGGCAGUAUGAGCACCAGCAGACGUAUCAUGUGAUCCCUGAAGUGAUAAAAAACUUCCUGCAGUACUUCCAUAAGACCAUCUCAGACCUGAUCGACCAGAAGGUCUAUGAGCUGCAGGCCAACCGUGUCUCCAGUGAGAGCAUCGAACAGAAGAUCUAUGAAAUCCAGGAUGUCUAUGAGAACAGCUGGAACAAGUUAACUGAUCGUUUCUUCAAGACCUCACCAUGGCCAGAGGCAGAAGCCAUUGCCUCACUGGUAGGAAAUGAUGCUGUUUUCUUGAUCCUUUACAAGGAGCUGUACUACAGGCACAUAUAUGCAAAAGUCAGCGGUGGCCCAACACUUGAUCAGAGGUUCGAAUCCUACUACAAUUACUGCAAUCUCUUCAAUUACAUCCUCAAUGCUGAUGGCCCUGCACCUUUAGAGCUUCCCAACCAGUGGCUCUGGGACAUCAUCGAUGAGUUCAUCUACCAGUUCCAGUCCUUCAGUCAGUACCGCUGUAAGACGGCCAAGAAGUCUGAGGAGGAGAUCGAGUUCCUGAGGAACAACCCAAAGAUUUGGAAUGUGCACAGUGUCCUGAAUGUGCUGCAUUCUCUGGUGGACAAGAGUAACAUUAACCGCCAGCUAGAGGUCUACACCAGUGGAGGAGACCCAGAAAGUGUGGCUGGAGAAUAUGGCCGUCACUCACUGUAUAAGAUGCUGGGCUACUUCAGCUUGGUGGGUUUGCUGAGGCUACACUCUCUGCUGGGGGAUUACUACCAAGCUAUCAAAGUACUGGAGAACAUUGAACUCAACAAGAAGAGCAUGUACUCACGUGUGCCUGAGUGCCAGAUCACCACCUAUUACUAUGUGGGUUUUGCCUACCUGAUGAUGAGACGUUACCAGGAUGCCAUCCGUGUUUUUGCCAACAUCCUGCUUUACAUUCAGAGGACAAGGAACAUGUUCCAGAGGUCCACCUACAAAUACGAGAUGAUUAACAAGCAGAAUGAACAGAUGCAUGGGCUGCUGGCCAUCGCUCUGACCAUGUACCCUAUGCGCAUUGAUGAGAGCAUCCACACACAGCUCCGAGAGAAAUACGGAGACAAGAUGCUGCGUAUGCAGAAAGGAGAUCUGCAGGUGUUUGAGGAGCUGUUCAGCUUUGCUUGUCCUAAGUUUCUUUCCCCUGUUGUGCCCAACUAUGACAACGUUCAUCCCAACUACCAUAAAGAACCAUUCCAGCAGCAGCUCAAAGUGUUCGCCGAGGAGGUACAGCAGCAGGCACAGCUCUCCACCAUCCGCAGUUUUCUGAAGCUCUACACCACUAUGCCCGUGGCUAAGCUUGCCGGCUUUUUGGACAUGACUGAGCAGGAGUUCCGGAUUCAGCUGCUUGUUUUCAAACACAAGAUGAAGAACCUGGUCUGGACCAGUGGCAUCUCAGCCCUGGACGGAGAGUUCCAGUCUGCCUCUGAAGUUGACUUCUACAUUGACAAGGACAUGAUCCACAUUGCAGACACCAAGGUAGCACGUCGUUAUGGAGACUUCUUUAUCCGACAGAUCCACAAGUUUGAAGAGCUGAACCGCACCCUGAAGAAGAUGAACGUAACUAGCUCAUCUGGCUCCAGCAGCAGCACAUCACGGGCCACAUAAAGCCAAUCACCUCAUCAACAGCACCUCUGAUACCCCACCAGCCAUCUGGACUUGGUUUCCUGAAGCAUAGUAGGGAUCAUCAUUAUGGUGGCGGGUGGCUCUUUGAACGCUCUAACCAUUGAAUGAUGAUCAUUACACUGCAAAGCUUUGUGGGAAGGAGACCAGAGGGUGCAGUGGUCCAACUCUGACACUUACUAACUGAUCAAGAGCAAACCCUUUUCUCACAGAUGAAGCAGAUGUGGUCUCUUCCCGGAUCUUAUUACAUCAGUCAGCGGCCAAUCUGAUCCAAUUUGUGUGUUUUAUUUUUCGCUGACUUCUCAAGUCAUAAACCAAACAGGGCCAAUUAAAUUCUUUUUGUAGGUUAAAAAAGGUUAAUUAAAGUUGAUGUGGUGAAUACA